AUGGUUGAAACUUUUUAUAAUGAGAUCAAAGACGUCCUUCAAAAGUUAAAAACACACGAGUGUAAUAUUGUCAUGGGCGACUUUAAUGCCAAAAUUGGCGAAGGUAGUGUCGCAGAUAUCGUCGGAGGCUAUGGCUUAGGAUUGCGCAAUGACCGUGGUGAUCGUCUGAUUCAGUUCUGUCAAGAGGAAUCACUGGUGGUGACGAAUACCUUUUACAAAUUACCACCACGAAGACUGUACACAUGGAAAUCACCGGCAGAUUCACCCUCCCAAAUAGUGCGUAAUCAGAUUGACUUCAUUCUUGUAAAUAAACGCUACCGGAAUAGUUUCAAGGCUGUAAAAACAUACCCAGGUGCAGAUGUAGGAUCCGACCAUAACCCACUAGUUGGAACGGUUACUACUAAACUGAAGAGGUUGAUAUCACCCAAAAUGAGACCUAAAUUUGACAUAUCCCGACUUAGAGAUGUGGAUAUUAAACAAAGGUUUCAUAUGAACCUCCACAACCAAAUGCACGAAUUGCAGCAGAGUCAAAGAGGUGUAAAGGAACCGGAACAAGUAUGGAAUCAAUUCAAGGGUGUCAUUAUAAAUACGGCUAAGGAGAUACUCACACCAACAGCCGUCGUGAAGAAAAAGGAAUGGAUCACGGAUGAAAUCAUGGAUCUUAUGAUAAAACGUAGAGAAGUGAAACAUACAGAUCCAGCAAAAUACAGGCUGAUUCAUAGACUGAUAGGACGGAAAUGCAUUGAGGCCAAAGAAAACUGGAUAAACGACAGGUGCACGGAAGUAGAGUCACUACAGGCCAGACAUGACUCCUUUAAUAUGUACAAAAAGAUAAAUGAGAUCUUAGGACUGAAAAAGAGACCUGCCAACAAUACCCUUAUAGAUAAAAAUGGAGCAUACGCCAUGACUAUUAAGGAGAAACUGGACAUCUGGAAGGAGUACAUUGAGGGGUUAUUUUAUGACAACAGAAGUGAAAACGAGCAAUCAGUAGUAGAUCAUACUGGACCAUCUAUUACAAAGGAUGAAAUAUCUAUUAUGCCAUUAAGUCAGCAAAAAAUGGUAAGACAGUGGGCCCAGACGAAAUACCAGCCGAAAUUUUAA